AUGGAACCUGUCAUACAAAACCAGCCUACGAGAUGCCCUGUCUGCAAUGGCGAACUCAACUCAUUUACAGUUGAUUUCCAACAAAGUACGGUUUUUAUGUGCAUUAAUUAUAAGUGCUCAUAUCCAUUUGAGCAACACACCUUGGGAGUAUACUUCAAACCCUCAAAGGUUAAGCAAAAAAAGGGACCAAGAAAGAGAAGAGGGAAGAAAACAAAGAUUGUAAGAGGAACUUGUUCAUCAAGCAGCAUUAAUAUGGACACAUCUGUGACUUUUCCUGAUACGUCUUUGGUGGUGGAAAGCCCUCAUUUACAGAUACCAGAAACAAGUAAUAUAUCACCAAUAGCAAACAACUUGUUUGAUUACAAUUCCGUGACAAGUCUCUCUCCAACCGAUAUAGGAAAAGAGAAUCCGUUAGGAGAUAUUUCUGUAGUUCCUUUGGUGAAUAUUGACUGGCUAUCAGAUGAAAUCAACAAAUUGCUGUCUGACGAAAUACCCACUGUAUUUCCACUAAAUGAUCAAAACACAACAGAAGAAACACUUCAAACACCUCACUAA